UUUCUGAUUGAAAAUUCGUAAUUUAGAAUUCCAAUGGAGAAAGGUUUUGCCACAAAAGCUAUACAUAGUGGACAAGAUCCAUUACAAUGGACACAUGGUCCUGUAGUACCUCCUAUUGGUUAUGAUUAUGGAAGAAGUGGAAAUCCUACAAGAACUGUUUUAGAGACAUGUUUAGCUGCUUUAGAUAAUGGGAAACAUGGAUUUGCUUUUGCAUCUGGCUUAGGUGCUACAACAACAUUGACUUCAUUAUUAAAUGUAGGAGAUCAUAUUAUAUCUGGUGAUGAUAUUUAUGGUGGAACUAAUCGUUACUUUCAAAAAUGUUUGUCUAUAACAAAUAUUCCAGUAACAUUUGUGGAUAUGACAGAUGUAAAAAAUGUUACAGACAAUAUAAAACCAAAUACAAAGAUGGUUUGGUUGGAAACACCAACUAAUCCCUUGCUGAAAUUAAUUGAUAUUAAAGCAGUUAUUGAAGCAGUAAAGAACAAAAAUCCUGAAAUUAUUGUAGUAGUAGACAAUACUUUUUUAACUUGUUACUUUCAGAAACCACUAGAUUUAGAUGCAGAUAUUGUAGUAUAUUCUCUGACAAAGUAUAUGAAUGGACACUCAGAUGUUAUUAUGGGUGCAGCAGUUACAAACAGAGAUGAUAUUGCAGAAAAAAUUAAAUUUUUACAAAAAUCUAUGGGUAUUGUUCCAUCACCUUUUGAUUGUUCUAUGGUUAAUCGAAGUUUAAAAACUUUGGAACUUAGAAUGCAACAACAUAUGAAAAAUGGAUUAGCAGUUGCAAAAUUUCUAGAAUCUCAUCCUUAUGUAGAAAAAGUAAUUCAUCCAUAUCUUUCUUCGCAUCCACAACGAGAACUUGCGCUUAGACAAACAUCUGGACACAGUGGAAUGGUUUCAUUUUAUCUGAAGGGUGAUUCCAAGAAAUUUUUAAAGGCAUUAAAAGUGUUUACGUUGGCAGAAUCACUUGGCGGUUAUGAAUCUCUUGCUGAAUUACCGUCCACCAUGACUCAUGCUUCAGUUCCUGAAGAAACUAGAGCAAUAUUAGGUAUUAAUGAUCAAUUAAUUCGGCUGUCUGUUGGUCUUGAAACAGAACAAGAUAUUUUAGCUGACCUCGAUCAAGCUCUUAAAAUUUGUCAAUUUUAACACAUUCGGACCGAUUUGUGAUUUUAUUUACGCCGUGUGGGUCGCUGGCGUCCUACUUAGGGACAACUGCAAUAUACAUAUUGAAUAACGAAAAGUUUAAAAAACGGAAAGUUUAGCGUGGGAAAGUUGUAGCUGUGUGAACGAAAAAGUUAUUAAC